GUGUAAAUAUCAGUAUCAAAGUCAACAGGACAAUCUGAAGCUUGUAAAACAAUUUGAGGAUUAAUAUUUCAAGGUAAAACAUGGCAGUCCCAGAAAACAUGACACAAAAAUCUUUAAAAACAGAAUGUCAAUCUGUACAAUUAAGGUCUAGAGAAAUUUCACAUGAGGGAGUUAUCUGUGUAAAUACAUCACAAGAUAACACAUCAUGCAAGAUCACAGGAAUGACUCUGCUGACUCCUGAACUUCUAAUCAUCACUGACUUCAAUAACAAUGCUGUAAAGAUGGUGGAUACCAACAGUCAAUCUGUGUCUGAUCAACUACAACUAGAUGGUAUACCAUGGGAUAUCACACAAGUAACCAAUACUGAAGUUGCUGUCACACUUCCUUACAAACAAGCAAUGCAGUUUAUAUCAAUCUCAUCAAACAAACUUAUCAAGAAGCACACACUGAAGGUCGAUGGAGAGUGUAAUGGUAUUAGCUGCUUCCAAGGUAAACUUAUUGUGUCAUUUUGUUAUCCUGCAAAAUUUCAAAUUCUUGAUAUGAACGGCACUAUCUUGAAAACAAUUGAUGGAAAAAAUAUUUUUCAAUUACCCUGGUAUAUUACAUGUAACAAAAGUUCAAUCUAUGUAUCUGACUGGGACAUGAAGACAAUAUCAAGAUUAAACUGGCAGGGUGAUGUGAUGGAUAGUUAUGGUGAUAUGAGUCACCCUAUGGGAAUGUCACUGUCAGAUGAUGGUACUGUCUUUGUGAGUGACCAUGGGAGAAAUGUAAUAGAAGAGAAAUCAGGAGACUGCUCUGAAGGACAGGUUUUGAUACACAAACUGACUAAAUCAUCGGCAGUAUGUUGGUGUGGAAUUACAAAGAAGCUCUAUGCCAGUUGUGAUGCUGCAAAUGGACGGUGCAUUAACUUUCUUCAGAUAUUUAACCUGCAAUAGACUUGAACAGAGACUUAUUUAAUUAAACAAUGUCAGCAUUUAUUAAAUUCAUCAUUUAUUCUUCUUAAAGUGAAAGUAUGAUGAAAAAUUUAGCAAGAUAUUUUCAUGUCAGAACUUUUGUUAGGUAAAUCCUUUUGUUAUGAGAAUAAAUGCAUCCUUUUCUUGUAUUCUUAUAAAUGUUUUUGUGUGUAACAAGGAAACUACUAGGGUAACACUGAGAAUUGACAAUGAUUACCAAUGACUAAUGUUUAUAAAUAUUCUAUGUUAAGAAGGGACAUAAAUCCUAAAAAUAUUGCUUUCAUGGCUAAUGCCCCAUAUCUGAUAAGGGCAAUGAUUAUCAACGACCGUUGUUUAUAAAUAGUUGAUGUUAAAAAGUUAUAUAAAUCUUAAAUAUUUUGCUUUCAUGGAUAAUGCCCCAUGUCUGAUAAGGGCAAUGAUUAUCAAUGAUCAAUUUGUAUUAAUAUUCUAUGAUAAAAAGGAUAUUCCUCCUAAAUAUUUUGCUUUCAGAAUGACCCUAUUCAUGCAACUGUGUAUUGUCAUGUCAAUCAAGUAUUGAAUUUGCAUGUUGAUAUUUUACAUAUUUUUAAAUUAGCAAUUUUGACAAGGGCAUAUUUCCAAAUAUGUUGUUUUAAGAAUAAUGCCUUUCUAAUUGAUGCCAAGUCUAUCAAUUGAACCUUGAUGACAGGUUGACAACAUUAUGCAGCUAUCGCAAUAGUUCGUUUUUUUUCCUUUGUUGUCUUUUCAAAACAGACAAGCUAAAAAACAACAACUUUUGUUACUUCUUUAAACUCACUGUUUACAUUUUAUGAUACAUACUUGUCCUGUUUCCAAGAUUUUGUACUUUUAGAAUUUGUCACACUUAUAUUUAUUCAGAUUACAUUAAUA